GCAAUAUUUAAGGUGAAAUCGAAACUUGACUAUCGCAUUCUGAAUGUGCGGCCAACUUCAGCUUCGUCCAACUAAACAGAACCACUCUGGAUACCAGUAAUGACCAAUUUUAAUUUCUCUUCUCUGCAAAAUAUUGUCAACCAACUAAAUCAUAAAGGACUCACAGUCACCAUGGUGCCGGUCACUGAUGAGUAUGGAUAUGUGAUACUCACAGGAUGUAGUACAUUCUUCCUUAUGUCAUACCUCUCACAUAAUGUGGUCAAAGCUCGCAUGAAAUACAACGUGCAGUACCCUAAACUAUACAGUGAUGAUCCAGAGACUGGAGAUAUCUUCAACUGCAUUCAGAGGGCACAUCAGAACACAAAUGAGGCCCUGACGCCUUUCUUGUUCUUCCUGGCUGUUGGGGGCAUUCCACAUCCACGUAUAGCCAGUACCCUGGGAAUGAUCUGGAUUGUCAGCAGGGUGAUAUUUGCCAAAGGUUAUUAUACUGGAGACCCUUCCAAGAGGAGACGCGGAGCAUUUGGAGACCUUGCACUUACCGGACUCUUUCUGACUGCUUUGAAUUGUGGGAGACUUAUGCUGGGCUGGGUCUGGAAAUGAAUAACCAGUGUACAGGAUAGAUUAAUGAACGUGCAGUGAAUUGACCAAUUAUGCCAAAUGCCAAUCGUUUGGAUUGAGAAAGUCCUGGACAACAGCGCCGCUUGUUCUCCCUCACCCUGUUUUUUUAUACCCUGAUGGAGAGGAAUUAACUGAGGUGGAUGUUGUGCUGAUUCAAUGUUUGGAGAAAUCAUUUACUAUUUUUUCUGAACUGAUUGUGAUGCUUCUACAGGGCAUCUUGAUGUAACAUUUGUCAAAAUUCAUUGCAAAUUACAAUGCAUACGGAAAGUAUUAAAAGCGCUUCACUUUUC